CAUUACACUUCCCAGUGUGUAGCCUGCCAGAAUUCCAUACCACGAAGAAGUUGACGACUACAUCCGGGUCAUAGUGUGAACUUGCAUUGAAGUAGAGCAUUCUCCAAUCUCCAAGAAUAAGCUUCAUAUUUCUCUGUGUUUCGUCUUCUAUUUAGUGCGUUACCUGCCAUGAUCAGAACAGCGGUUCUACGCAGGUUAACAUCCCACACCCUGUCCUGUACCAGAGGAUCAUGUCCGCUCACAGGCCGGAUACCGAAUGGCCUUCAGCUCCGCUCAGCAGGCCACACACCUGUCCUGCAGAACUCCCAUGGACCCCUCAUACCUAAAAUCACAGCCUCCGUCAGGUAUUCAGACUUGUCCACUCAGAAGUUCACAAUGAUCUACACGCUGCCACACAUAAAGCUCCUCAGAGCGGUGUCCAGGCUCAAACUGCUCCAAACUGCACUCACGCUGGUCAUUCUGCCUCCAGUAUACAUCUUCUACCUCCACGGAGACGUGCCCCUGUUUCUUGUCAGCUACACAACCGGGAUAGCGCUCUUCGCUGGUGCCAUGCUGUACGCUGCCAGUCACUUUUUCAGGAGGGUGGUUGGGAUGAUGUACCUGGACAUGCCUCAGACUACUCUCAAAGUGUCACACCUCACCUUCUGGGGCAGGCGCAGUGACAUCUUCCUGCCUGUGUCGGAUGUUAUGACCAUCGCAGACACGGGGGAUGCACGAAACGAGACGAUAUUGAAACUGCAAAGAUACAGCAGUCCACAGGCGUUUUACUUCUCCACUUAUUAUGGACGAGUCGUGGACAGAGAAGGUUUUGAGAAAGUGUUUGGAACUUUGAAAUAUUAAGAUAUGAAACAAUACAGAGUGAGAUAAUAUUAAUCAUCAGUGAGUCCUUAUAGUCACUGUUUUCAAAUAAGGCAGAGGACUGGUAUUAUUACAUAACUGUCAUAAACUGUCACACCACAAAGUCAUGGCUAAUGUCUUCUCUGGUGAUGUUUCUGAUGUUUGCCGGCCUCAGCUGGACUGUGGUCCCCCUUGUGAAACAUUUAAUACGUCUGAGUGCUCAGACUUCCUAUAAUCUGUAGUUUGAUGUGUGGGGCAGGCAAGAAUUAAAAAUAAUAAAAGUCUAAUUCUUAUAAUUCA